GCGCUGCUCCGCGUACGCGGAGUGCCGCGGCAGGAUGUCCGCGUCCCCCGCGGAGCAGGAGGCCUUCGACCUCUUCUGGCGGCACCACGCCGCCUGCCUGGCCGAGACGCUGCCCAAGGGGCAGGAUGCAGCGCUCAACGCCAUGGUUGUGUACCUGGAUCGACGCCCCGGGAUCGAGAACGAGGCCAGCGAGUUGCUGCCGUUGGUGAGGAAGCUCCUUGAGCACAAGACGAUCGACAAGCCCAAGAUGCAGCAGCUGGUCCCGUCCGUGAUCCUCGCCCUGACGGAGAUCUGCGAGUGCCCCGCCGUCAUGAAGGAGGUGAUGGAUUGUUUGACUGACAUCGAGGGCGCUAAGAAAAAGGUGCAGGGAUUCCUCAAGAAGCAGAUCGCAUUCAUCAUCAAGGUCAUCCAGCAGUUGUUGUCGGAGUUCGGCGCUGGCAAGAUGAAUCCCAAGCUGGGGUACGUCGGUACCACCAUGAAGUACGUCUCGGACAGCGACAGGGGGAUCCGCGAGUCCUGCUACAGCGUGUUGAUCGAGCUCUCGGCGUGGGUGGGCGACAUAUCCGACCUCGUCAAGCCGAUGGAGGAGCCGCAGAAGAAGGAGCUGGCCAAGCGCAUCGAGGGCGUCCCCGAGGACCAGAAGCGGCGCGCCCGGCCACUGCGCGCGUACCGCGCCGAGGCGCUCGAGACGCCCGACGAUGCCGUCCCGGCCAGCUCCCAGCCGCUGGACCCGCACGAUUUCGCAGAGGCGGUCGACGCGCUCAAGAGGCUGCCCAAGGGCUGGUGCAUCGAAAAGAUCUUCUCCAUGGAGAAGUGGAAGGAGAAGCAGGACCACCUGCAGACUUUGGCGACCGCCCUCGACGUCGCCAGCCUUGCGCCGUGCAAAGGCUACGACGAGAUCGUGCAGGCGAUGAAGCGCAUGAUGAAGAGCGAGAGCAACAUACCUGUCGUCACCGAGGCGGCCAAGUGCGUCGGCCUGAUGGCCAGGGGCCUCCGCCGGGAGUUCGAGCGCGGCGCGCGGCAGCUGCUGCCGGUGAUGCUGGCGAGGGUCAACGACAAGAGCGUGUGGAAGCCGAACGUUCUGAUCGAGAGGGUCGAGCAGUUGGUGUGGGCCGUGCCGUUCGAGGUGUUUUUCGAGGAGCUGCAGCCGCACAUCGCCAGCAAGAGCGCCUUCGUCAAGAAGGAAGCCAUGAGCCUGCUGCUGCGCGUCAUGGGCCUUCCGCAGGUGCUCAAGAAUUGCCCCGACGCGGCGCAGCGGUUCCUCGCCCCGAUCUCCGUGGCGGUGGCGGCCAACGCCGACGACUCCGACAGCGCGGUGCGCCGAGAGGCGAUCCGGUGCAUCGCGUCGAUGGCGCUGUCGAACAUCGACUCGCCUGACGUGGGCCGACUCUGCGUGGACAUGGUGCUCCGCAGUGGGAAAGUAGACGGGACCCUCGUAAUUACCGCAUGA